GAUUGUGCUCACGGCCCAGAAACUAGCUGCUGCCUCUGGACAACCCCCCAGGUGCCUCCUCCACCCAGGGCAUGGGCACCCGUGACGAUGUGCCCCCAGCCAAAGUUCCGGCUCCUGUGGCCGUGUACUGUGGCAGCGUUCCCCAGAGCAGUGCUGGGCCCCUUGCACUCCCAGGUGGAAGCAGUGACUCCAGCCUGAAGACAUUUGGAGAAGCCUCCCUCCAGCUAGCGCCCAGCACCCUCCUGGAGAAGCCGUCACAGCUCUUGAGUGGACGUGGGGACCCUGGCAGCCUCAAGCUGGAUGCUCCCCUGAAGGGCUGGCAGGCCAAGAAUGGCCACCCCAGGAACCUCGUGGCCCUGUCUCUGGGUCCCCACCCGCUGGUGCCGCUCCCCUCGCUGGAGUCAGAGGCCAACAGUGUGGCCCGGGACACCACCCAGAUCAAGGACAAGCUCAAGAAAAGGAGACUCUCGGAGGGCUUGGCAGCAUCUUCCCAUGCCUCUUUGGAUCCUGGUGGAGGCCCCAAAGGAAUUCCCCUGAGGACUGUCAUCCCCCGGGCCACCUCUCAGAGGCUGCUGAGGGUAUCCAGGCCAAUGCCCCCGAUCCAGAGCAUCCCCACCACCCCAGAAGCCAGCGGAGCCAAGGAGAAGGGCCUGGACCCGCCCACGAGCCGUCAGGGUCCCCAGGAGCUGAGACCGGGUGCCCAGGAGGUGCAGAUUUCCCAACAGUACCUGCACUGCAAUGAUGAGAAGAUACACAAGUCCCUGGGAGGCAUUGUGAUCCCACCCAUCCCCAAGGCCAAGGUACCCGCUGGGACCUCCCGCACACCUGGCUCCCUUCCCAGCCUCUUGCCUCCUGGCCAGGACAUCCUCACGGGCCUCAGGCCCCCCACCACACGAUCGGUCCGGGAGCGUGGGCCUCAGGAGAAGACCCCUAGAUCUCUGGAGCCAAAACCUCUGAUCCCGCCUGUCAGAGACAGGUCUGCUGCCUCUGAGAAGCCUGCUCUGCCUUUAUCUCAGUCUGCUCCGAUGUUGACAUCCUUCUCCUUCAGCCAUGCCCAGGAAGCUCACCCCUUGUUAAAAGAAGAGGACCAGAAGGAGAGUGGGACCAAGAUUCAGGUCACCAUUGCCAGGUCUGCCCAGGAGAGGAUGAGGCUGAAGCAGAUGAAGGAGAUGGAGUUAUUCCGCAGGGCAAAGGAGCCGGAGAGGGACAGAGAGCUCACUUCCCAGAGCCUGGGCUCCCGGAGGACCUUGAUGAAGGAAGGCCUCCUUCCCCUCCGGGGCAGCAGGACCCUGUCUGUGCCCACCAGGCUGAGCAGCCCCCGCAGGAACAACCUUGGUGUCAUCCUGAGGAAGCGGGCCAGCCGGGCCUCAUUGCCCAGCAUUCCCAUCAGCAAGCAGGAACCCAGCUUUGCCCGCCAUGCUUCAGCUCAAUCCUUACCUGCGGUUCUCACUUUGGGGUCUCCUGAGUGGGAAGAAGAGGAGGAAGAGACGGAUCUUCGAGCUUUCAGGGAGUGGAGGCCUUUCUCAAACCCUGAGCUGGGGCUGGUGGAUGCCUUGCAGUGCCUGGAGAGUAGUGACUGGCAGAUGAAGGAGAGGGGCCUGGUGAGCAUCCAGCGCCUGGCAGCCUGUCACUCGGAGGUCCUCACCGGGAGGCUACAUGAUGUGUCCUUGGCCGUGACGGGGGAGGUCACCAACCUCCGCUCCAAGGUGUCCCGCCUGGCCAUCGGCACCCUGGGAGACCUCUUCCGGGCCUUGAAGAAGAACAUGGACCAGGAGGCCGAGGAGAUCACCCGCUGCCUGCUCCAGAAGAUGGCAAACACCAGCGGGUUCAUCCAAAGGGCGGCCAACCGGUCCCUGGGGGCCAUGGUGGAGCACGUGACCCCCGCCCGCUCCCUGGUGGCCCUCACCUCCGUGGGCAUCUACCACCGAAACCCGUUAGUCCGGAAGUGCACUGCCGAGCACCUGUCGGUUGUCCUGGAGCAGAUAGGUGCCGAGAAGCUCCUCUCAGGCACGAGAGACAGCACAGACAUGCUGGUGCACAACCUGGUGAGACUGGCGCAGGACUCCAACCAGGACACCAGGUUUUAUGGCCGGAAGAUGGUGAAUAUCUUGAUGUCAAACACAAAGUUUGAUGCAUUUCUGAAGCAGUCCCUCCCGUCCCAUGACUUGCAGAAGGUCAUGACAGCUAUUAAACAGCGGGGAAUAGAAGAUGGUGAUGAACUUCCAUCAGCCAAAGACCGCAAGGUGUCAAGAAGUCUGGUGGUGUAUGAGAAUGGGCUGCCUGGCCAGGACGGGCUCAGCUCCAAUGGCCCCCGGCUGGUGGGGCUGCGCUCCUCUAUGCGGGGUGGCUUGGAGAUGGUGGAACAGCUACGGGAGCUGACGCGGCUGCUGGAGGCCAAAGAGUACCAAUCUCGGAUGGAAGGUGUGGGGCUGCUCGUUGAGCACUGCAGGGCCAAGCCAGCGCUCAUCACUGCCAACCUGGUCCAGGUCUUUGAUGCUUUCACCCCAAGGCUUCAGGAUUCCAACAAGAAGGUGAAUCAGUGGGCGCUGGAGUCCCUCACCAAGAUGAUCCCCCUCCUGAGAGAAAGCUUACAGCCCAUGCUGCUUUCCAUCAUUAUCGCUGUAGCAGACAACCUCAACUCCAAGAACACAGGCAUUUACACGGCUGCGGCGGCGGCGCUGGAUGCAAUGGUUGAGAGUCUAGACAACCUUGGCCUUCUACAAGUGUUUGCUGGGCGGGUGCGCUUCCUGAGUGGCCGUGCCAUGCUUGAUGUCACAGAACGUCUGUCUGUGCUGGUGGCCUCGGUUUACCCCCGAAAGCCUCAGGCCGUGGAGCGCCAUGUCCUUCCAGUCCUCUGGUACUUCCUGAACAGCAUGAUGGGGAACGGCGUCCUGCCCGGGCACAGCGGGAAUGUCCGCACGGCCGUCUGCCGGCUGUGCAGGAGCCUCCAGGAGCAGAUGGGCUCCCGGCUGCAGGACUUGGCUGCCGGCCAGCCAAAGCAAGUCCUCAAAACGCUCCAGGAGCUCUUAGGCACAGAAUCCCCAUGAAGCAGCCCCGAGGUCACCGACGGGGGAAGGCAUCCGACAGCAGGACAACUGGCAGCUCAGGGCCCUUUCUUCUGGGUUAAAGGUGGAUCUGGAAUGGGCAGCUGUUAUUUUUAUCUUAUUUUAUUUUUUAUGAUGGAAUAAUCUCCUGGUCUAUUUUCCCUUAGAGUUCCAGAUGUAUAUAAUAUAUUUUGAAGUAGAAAUAAAAGAAUUGCUUAUUUUUCUAA